AUGAAUCCUUCAUCAAACUGGACGGUUAUUAUGACACGCGCUACAGGAACUCAAAGCUCGGCUUAUCAUGAAACCAUGGCCGUUGGAAAAGUAGUCGCCUUGUCGCUUAUCCUGGUCGUGUCUACCACUGGCAACGUGUUGGUUUGUUACUGCGGACUGCGAUCUCCGAGGAUGUCUGCCAUGAACAGCCUUAUCGUGAAUUUAUCCAUUGGAGAACUUGCCAUCGCGUGCUUUGUGAUUCCGCUAAAGAUAGAACGUGAGAUUGUAGGGGAGUACUUGCUUGGAGGACCAACGGUCUGCAAAUUAUUGGAAUACGCCCAAUCGGUUGCUCUAGGAUCGGUAACAGUGACUUUAUUAAUGAUAAGCAUGGACAGGCUUUAUUCCGUGUUUUAUCCACUGUCGAAAAUAACCCGUCGACAGGCUAAAUACAUGGGCGUAUUUGCAUGGUGUUACGCGCUGUUGUUCGCCAACCCAGUACUAUACUACUUCUUGGGAGCGAAACACCAACCACAAGCUUUGUUGUUCAGCUGUGACAAGCACUUAGCUUUGCCUUGGAAAGACAAGCUUUAUUCCUUGGUUCAACUCUGGGCGAUAUUUUUGUUGCCAAUAAUGAUUAUGACUGUGACAUAUUUCAUAGUUGUGAGUAGGCUGCUUAAGCCCGAUUCAGUGACUCAUCCCGUAAGCAAACUUGGUGCCCGCGAAGGUAAGCCAGACGUACCUAUCAAUACUCACCGCCGAUUCACCAGCUCUCUGCGAUCAAACGCAGUUCCACUUGCUAAACGAAAAUCAGUAGUAAUGAACCUUAUUGUAAUGGCUACUUUCAUUUUUUGUUAUGCUCCGUUAGCGGCGAUUUACGCUCUCGAGACUGUUGGCAAUCCUAAGAAAAAAAGCAUUGAGAUUUUUCGCGAUUUCGCUUGUUUCCUGGCUUUGGGAAAACUGUGCGCCAAUCCGGCGGUGUACAGCUUUUUCGACAGCAAUCUUCGGGAUCAGAUGUGUCGAUGCCGACAGAAAUCAGCCCAGAACUCGCCAGUCCGACGGAAGAUUAUUUAUCCCGGAAUUUGCACCCAGGGAAAACUCAGUGAACUGAAUGUCAGUAACUUUGGUAGACUCGUGGACUCAAAAGGGCAAAGUGCCGUUUUCAAAGAGCCGCUGUUACGGGUGUCAUCGGGAGAAAAUCCGUCUCCAAGCGCUCCCGGAGCUAAACGGGAUAAACUGGCUCGAUUGAUCAGUAACACCCGACGUUAUCGAAGUCUUGGCCUUUCAACUUGGAGAAGUUCUGAUAUUUAG